AUGGUGUGGGUCCUGAACCUGUCGCCGAGUGACUCCCACCAGGGGACCCAGCCACACUCCAUCAAGAUCGAAGGGGACAUCACCCUAGGGGGUCUCUUCCCCGUCCAUGGCAAGGGUCCGGUGGGGGUCUCGUGCGGCGACAUCAAGAAGGAGAAGGGUGUCCAUCGGAUGGAGGCCAUGCUCUAUGCGCUGGACCAGAUCAACGGCGACCCCGAGCUCCUCCCCAACAUCACCCUGGGCGCUCGGAUCCUGGACACCUGCUCCCGAGACAUCUACGCCCUGGAGCAGUCGCUGACCUUUGUCCAGGCCCUGAUCCAGAAGGACACCUCGGACAUCAGGUGCACCAACGGGGAACCCCCCAUCAUCCCCAAGCCGGAGAGGGUGAUCGGAGUGAUCGGGGCCUCGGCCAGCUCGGUGUCCAUCAUGGUGGCCAAUGUGCUGAGGCUGUUUGCAAUACCCCAGAUAAGCUACGCUUCGACAGCUCCUGAACUGAGUGAUAACAAUCGCUACGACUACUUCUCGCGAGUGGUUCCCCCAGAUUCAUACCAGGCCCAGGCUAUGGUGGACAUUGUUAAGGCUCUGGGCUGGAACUAUGUCUCGACCAUCGCAUCGGAGGGGAAUUACGGAGAGAGCGGGGUUGAAGCAUUCUCCCAGAUCUCCAGGGAGGCAGGCGGGGUGUGCAUCGCGCAGUCCCUGAAAAUCCCUCGGGAACCCAAGCCGGGCGAGUUCGAGAAGAUCAUCAGUCGGCUGAUGGAGACGCCAAACGCCCGGGGGAUCAUCAUAUUCGCCAACGAGGACGACAUUCAGAGGGUCCUGGAAGCUGCCAACUUCGCCAACCUGACCGGGCACUUCCUGUGGGUGGGCUCCGACAGCUGGGGGGCCAAAGCCUCCCCCGUCGCGCACCAGGAGGAGGUGGCCGAAGGGGCGGUCACCAUCUUGCCAAAGCGAACGUCCAUCGAGGGUUUUGAUCAGUAUUUCACCAGCCGUACCCUCCAGAAUAACCGCCGGAACAUCUGGUUCGCUGAGUUCUGGGAGGACGACUUCAUGUGCAAGCUGACCCUGCCCCGAGGCCAGCACGGCCACACCGUCAAGAAAUGCACAGGCCAGGAGAGAAUUGGCCGUGAAUCACAUUAUGAGCAGGAGGGGAAGGUCCAGUUUGUGAUUGACGCAGUGUACGCUAUGGCCCAUGCAGUGCAUGACAUGCACAAGUACCUCUGCGCUGGCACCAUUGGCAUUUGCCCCAAGAUGGAUACUGUCGAUGGAAAGACCCUUCUACAAUACAUCAGGAGUGUCACCUUCAAUGGAAGUGCCGGUACCUCGGUAAUGUUCAAUGAGAAUGGAGAUGCGCCAGGACGGUAUCACAUCUUUCAGUACCACCACACCAACACCAGCACCCCCGGGUAUAAGGUCAUCGGGCAGUGGACGGACAACCUGAGAAUGAAUCUGGAUGAGAUGCAGUGGGGUGGUGGGGGCACAGAGGUGCCACGCUCGGUCUGCAGCUUCCCCUGCCCUCCCGGCGAGCGCAAGAAGAUGGUGAAGGGCGUGCCCUGCUGCUGGCACUGCGAGCUCUGCGACGGGUACCGCUACCAGCUGAGCGAGUUCGAGUGCCAGCUGUGCCCGCUGGACAUGCGGCCCAGCCCCAACCGGACGGGCUGCCAGCCCACGCCCGUGGUCAAGCUGGAGUGGCACUCGGCCUGGGCCGCGCUGCCCCUCAUCCUGGCGGUGGUGGGCAUCCUGGCCACCAGCUUCACCGUCCUGGUCUUUGUCCGGCACAACGAGACGCCCAUCGUCAGGGCGUCCGGCCGGGAGCUGAGCUACGUCCUGCUGGCCGGAGUCUUCCUGAUCUACGCCAUCACCUUCCUGAUGAUCGCCGAGCCGGGGGCCGUCGUCUGCGCCCUGCGGCGCCUCCUGCUGGGCCUGGGCAUGAGCAUCACCUACUCGGCGCUGCUGACCAAGACCAACCGCAUCUACCGCAUCUUUGAGAGGGGCAAGCGCUCGGUGACGCCGCCCCCCUUCAUCAGCCCCACCUCGCAGCUGGCCAUCACCUUCGCCCUCAUCUCCCUGCAGGUGCUGGGGGUCUUCGUCUGGCUGGGCGUCCAGCCCCCCCACGCCACCGUCGACUACGAGGAGCAGCGCACCCCUGACCCCCAGCUGGCGCGCGGCAUCCUGAAGUGCGACAUGUCUGACCUCUCCCUCAUCUGCUGCCUGGGCUACAGCAUCCUCCUGAUGGUGACCUGCACCGUCUACGCCGUCAAGAGCCGCGGCGUCCCCGAGACCUUCAACGAGGCCAAGCCCAUCGGCUUCACCAUGUACACCACCUGCAUCAUCUGGCUGGCCUUCGUGCCCAUCUUCUUCGGCACCGCCCAGUCAGCAGAGAAGAUGUACAUCCAGACGACCACCCUGACAGUGUCCAUGAGCCUGAGUGCCUUUGUGUGCCUCGGAAUGCUCUACAUCCCCAAAGUCUACGUCAUCGUCUUCCACCCCGAGCAGAACGUUCAGCGGAGGAAGAGGAGCUUCAAGGCAGCGGCCACAGUGGCCAGCUUCACCUCGAGACUGUCCCAGUGCUCUCACAACGGAGACACCCCCAAGGAGGAGAAGGCGGGGAACUAA